ACUAGUAAGCAAUAUUUAACCACAUAUAUAUAUAUAUAUAUCAAAGCUAGAUCUUCACAUACUUGGUUGGAUACACAGAAAAGAAAAGGGAAAAGGAAAAGGAAAAGGGAAGGAUGGAUUAUAAGUUGAAGUACAAGUUUUGUUGGUUGUUUGUUUUGUUGAUGAGUAGUAGUGUACAAGUAGUGUUGGGGCAAGAUGAAGAAGCAUUUGCACCAGAAGAAGAAGAUAGGAGUGCUAGUAAGAGAGAGAUGGUUCCCGCCAUGUUUAUAUUUGGAGACUCUCUGAUUGACAAUGGCAAUAACAACAACCUCCCUUCUCUUGCCAAGGCCAACUAUUACCCUUACGGCAUCGAUUUCAAUGGUGGUCCUACUGGUCGCUUCUCCAAUGGUUACACCAUGGUUGAUGAAAUUGCUGAACUCUUAGGACUCCCUCUGAUUCCUGCCUACUCUGAAGCCUCUGGAGAUCAAAUACUUCAUGGAGUCAAUUUUGCCUCAGCAGCUGCUGGAAUCCUUGACAUAACAGGAAGAAAUUUUGUUGGUCGCAUACCAUUCAAUGAGCAAAUAAGGAAUUUCGAGAGCACAUUGGAUCAAAUAAGCAACAACUUGGGUGCAGCGAAUGUGGCUCAGGCGCUUUCACGGUGCAUAUUCUUCGUGGGGAUGGGCAGCAAUGACUACUUAAACAACUAUCUCAUGCCCAAUUACCCAACUCGCAAUCAGUAUGAUGGCCAACAAUAUGCAAAUCUAUUGAUUCAACAAUACACUCAACAACUCACUCGCUUGUACAAUCUUGGAGGUCGGAAAUUUGUACUUGCAGGUCUUGGACUAAUGGGUUGCAUACCUAGCAUACUCGCCCAACAAACCACGGGUCGCUGCUCGGCUGAAGUGAACCAACUGGUUUUACCUUUCAAUUACAACAUGAAGGCCAUGAUUAACAACCUCAACACCAAUCUCCCAGGCAUCCAGAUCAUUUUCAUUGACAUUCACAAUAUGUUCCAAGAUAUCCUUGCAAACUAUAGAUCUUAUGGAUUCAGUGUGAUAAAUCGUGGGUGCUGUGGCAUCGGGCGAAACAGUGGGCAAAUAACGUGUCUUCCUUUCCAAACACCAUGUCUAAACAGAGAUCAGUAUGUGUUCUGGGAUGCAUUCCACCCAACCGAAGCAGUGAACAUCAUAAUGGGAAGGAAGGCUUUCAGUGGAGAUCGAAAUGUUGUUUAUCCCAUCAACAUACAGCAGCUUGCCAAUCUUUAAUUCAUAUAUAUGCAUCUACCAGCUUCUAUUACUUAAUUUUCUCUAUCAACUAGCUAGCUAGCUAGCUACUACUCCAUCGAUAUAUGGACGAUUCACUUAUUAUGUAUCUCGAGAGUAAGAGCAUGUAGGACUUUAAUUAGCUAGCUGGGGACUCAACAGUUGUAUGUGUGGAUGUAUUUCUAUCAUAUCCAUUAAUAUGCUACUCAUGCAUGUUUGAUUU